CCUAAUUGCGCCACUUCAAAGGCUUCAGCUUCACAGAUGCUGAUACAGCAUGCGGGCUGCUCAGACUGAGCAAUAAUACAUUUUAUUUCCUCCUUUCCAUCACGUUGAUCCAUGAACUUAGCUCGACACUCUAUCACUGCCACAAACCCCAUUCAGAUCUUUGAUACUCGAUUUGAAGCAGACUGUCAGAUAUUUACUACUACGACGCCUGCAGGGUUUGCUGUAUACCAGACAUGGCCGCUGAAGCUUAUUCGUAAGAGAGAGUUUACUGGGGGAACACUUGCGGCCGCAGUGCCGUGUCAUACAUCAUCUCUGAUAUUUCUUCUUGGAGGAGGUCGCAGUCCACUUUAUCCUCCCAAUAAGGUGGUCGUAUGGGAUGACGCAGCUGGAGAAGAAGUAGCAGAGCUAGAAUUCAGGGAAAGGGUCAGAGGUCUUGCUUGUAGGCGUGGAUGGCUUGCAGUAUCAUUUCGGAGAAGAGUUGUAUUAUUUGAGGUCGGGGAAACCAUCGUUCGACGGAAUGAAUUCGACACUUGUGAUAAUCCUCGAGGUUUGCUUGCGAUGGCUACUGGGGCAUAUUCAACCCUUAUGGCUUUCCCUGGUCGGCAGAUGGGGCACGUACAAUUAAUACAUCUACCGCCUUGUAUUCCACCCACUCCAGUCGGUCCUCCGCCUUCUGUCCCACCAUCUCGCCCACCACCUCCACCAUCAAAGCAUCCAGUCUCAAUCAUUGCUGCACAUGAGUCCUCCUUGAAUACUCUCACCGUUCCUCAAUCAGGUCGGAUGCUUGCUACGACUUCAUCCCGCGGUACCCUCGUUCGUAUAUGGGACACGCUUUCAGGAAACCUGAUACGUGUAUUUAGAAGGGGAUCAGAUAAGGCCGAAAUAUAUGGGGUUGCCUUUCGUCCUGAUGAGAAGGAAGUAUGUGUUUGGAGUGAUAAGGGCACUGUACACGUAUUUUCUCUUAUGUCCGGCCCCUCUAAUCGACAGUCAUCCUUGUCCCCGCUCGCUUCACUCAUUCCUUACUUUGACUCCGAAUGGUCAUAUGCUCAGUAUCGGAUUCCGGCACAAGCAUCUCACAUAUCAUUAUCUUCUACGUCGUCCUCUCGUUCGCCUACGGCUGACAUUACCGACGAGGAGAAGUGCAUGGUCGGCUGGAUCGAAGCACCCUCUGAUCAUAGUGAACCUGGUCGUGAUCCACCUACGGAGUACCAGCUUAUAGCGCUCACGUACAGUGGGGGCUGGUAUCGGUUGUCACUGCCACAGGGAACGUCUAACAUCUCUUCGCCAUCUGCGGGUGGGACCCCGUUGUCUAGCUCCCCACCCAAGGCAUCUUCGCAUUCUCGUCCGCGCACGAACAGCGUGUCAUCUAUCACCAGUCGCACGGAGAAGGGAAAGGAAAGGGAGCGUGACAGGGACCGGAAGGACAAUCGAGAACUAACUUUGCAAGAAUAUCGGAAAUACGGUAGGUGGGAUGGUUGGGGCUAGAAUGAUAAUGGUUUCUGUUGUUUUGUUGUCUCGCAAUUUUGGAUUAUGCGCUACUCUUUUCCACUUAUAAUCGUUCACGACUCGUACUAGUACCCUCGUAGUUCAUGUUUUCGCUACACAUAAAUGUUAUCUCGUGAAAGAUCGCUUCAAGUUCUC